CAGAGGGAAGUGUUCUCUACAAGCCAUGAAGCUACAUGGUUGAUGCCAAUGGGAGUGCAGCCAAUUCCAGCGGUGGUCAGGGUCAGGUGAUGCCCAUGGAUGAGUGGGGGUGUAGCUCAGGGUGGUGGGUGAGGGAAAAGCGGGGGAAGAGAGAGGACAGGCGGCUGGCGGGCGUGUGUGGUCUGGCUAACAGCGGUAACUCCUGCUACAUGAACGCUGUGCUGCAGUGUCUCUUCUCCACCGUGCCGCUGGUGGAACACCUCCUCAGCUCACACAGACACACCCAGCUGGCCAAGUAA